AUGACAAAUGAUUCACUGAAGGGGCAAGGACCUGAAGAGGAGAUGAAAAGGACACUGGCUGGAGUAGAUGACAGCUUCAUUUCUCACACAACCUAUACGGAUGGGAUUACGUUAAAACUAGUCAAAGCAGCUAGUGAUGUUGCAGGUCAACCAAUCCCGGUGAUUCUAGAGUUGUUCGGGGAGUUCUUCUUCACAUUCUGCCAGCGAUCCGGAUACGAUGAGAUGCUGAGGGUUCUUGGGUCAAACCUCAAGAGCUUCUUGGAGAACCUGGAUGCCCUCCACUCGUACCUCAGCUUCUCCUACAAGAAGAUGGAGGCCCCCUCCUUCCGGUGCGAGAGAAGGCAAUCGGACGGCGCCCUCAUCCUGCAUUACUACUCACAUCGGAAAGGAUUGCACCCCAUAGUAGUUGGCAUUGUUCGAGCGGUAGCAAGGGAAUUCUUCCAAAGUGAAGUGAGAAUGGAUGUCCUAGAUGAAACGCACGAGGAAGAGAGGAACGGGAAAAAGGAACACGUGACUUUUGCCAUCUUUCAAAAGAAAUUACAAAUCAAGGAUCCUACUUCGCCAAAAUCGGUAUCCGAUAAAACGCAGCAGAGCGAAUCGGAACACAAUAAAGAGGACGAAGACCACAAUGUUCGACAAAGGCAGGAUCUUAAACCGAACAACGAACGGCCGGCGACCCUCAAUGUCCAAUCUCUGGUCUCCCUCGCAAACGACUAUGGAAGCUUCUCCCCUUCGUAUCCCGAAAAGCUCUGGCUGGACCAGCGAAUGUUCUGUGAAUACUUCCCCUAUCACCUAGUCUUUGACUCGAAACUCAGACUUCUGCAAUCUGGCGUUCACAUACAGAGGGCGCUGCCCAAGCUGCGGACCAUGGAAGACACCACUGUGGAAAUUCUUUUCAACAUGUUGCAUCCGCAGAUUGACUGGAGCGUGCCGAGUAUACGCAAGUUUAUCAAUAUGCAAUUCGUCCUGGAGACGAAACGAGAGAUGAUAAUUCCUGGAUGGGGGGAAGAACAGCCCAUGCUCCAACUAAGAGGUCAGAUGAUUUGGAUGGACUCCUUAGACGCUAUGUUGUUUACCUGUUCGCCACGUGUUGCCAGUCUGAAGGAGCUAGAGGAAAGAAAUCUUCAUUUAUCAGAUAUCCCUCUCCAUGAUAUCACCAGGGAUCUCAUCCUCUUCAAUCAUCAAAGACUCGCAGAGAUUGAACUUGGGAAGCAGCUCGAACAGAAGAAGGAAGAGCUCCGGUCAGCGUUAGGAGAACUUGAGGCGGAGAAGAAGAAGACAGACAUGCUGCUCCAUUCUAUGCUUCCCAGACAGGUUGCAGAGCAGCUCCGAGAUGGCAAGAAAGUUGAAGCUGGCGAGUUCGAGCUGGUAACAAUUCUUUUCAGUGAUAUCGUGUCUUUCACCAAUAUUUGUUCAAAAUGCCGUCCCAUUGAUAUUGUCAACAUGCUCAAUGCUCUCUACACAAGAUUCGACAAACUUACAUCGGUCCACGAUGUCUACAAGGUCGAGACAAUAGGCGAUGCAUACAUGGUAGUAGGUGGUCUUCCCAUUCCGGUAGCCUCACACGCUGCUAGGACAGCCAAUCAGGCACUUGGUAUGAUGGUCAUAUGCAAAGAGGUCAUGUCUCCAGUCACCCGGGAACCUAUCGGGAUUCGAGUUGGUAUUCAUUCUGGUCCUGUGGUAGCAGGAGUUGUAGGGGAGAAGAUGCCCCGAUACUGUCUUUUUGGUGAUACUGUCAACACUGCCUCAAGAAUGGAGAGCCAUGGUCUCCCAAGUAAAAUUCAUCUCAGUGAUAAUACUUACAGAUGUCUUGAGGGUCAUGCGUUCCAUUUCAGCGAGAGAGGUGAAAUUAUGGUGAAGGGGAAAGGCAUGAUGAAAACGUACUUCCUUGAGGAAAACGCCGGGGCUAGCUUGGAUCAGAUUAUGGGUAAGGGCGUGUCCAAGGCUAGUACCCCAGAGAAGACGGAUAGAUGUAAGUCACCGCCAGAGACACCAACAAAUAACAUGGCCAAUGGGGUGUCCUCCUUCCACCACAAUAGCACAGUGGUGGUGCCCAUGUGGUACCCGGAUAAUGACAUGAACGGCGGAAGUACAAUCCACGUUGCUUCAUCGAUAUUCCCCAAUGCAAGCACCAAUGACACAGAGUCAUCAAAGGAAGCAGCGAAUAUGGCUAAUGCAGCGUGUGCUGCCACGUCCAGACCCGGUGCAGACGGCCAGGAUGCGAGGACUAACGAUGACGGCAACGUGUCCAGCAGAAGUAGAUAUCUCGGUCAAGGAUCAGCGAAAACGCGACCGUUGCGAAGCGGUCGACCUCCUGACAUCCGGGGCUCUAAGACAUGUGUACUCUUAUGACGCGCACGGAUUUUAUCUAAGAACACUGAACAUUGCAUUUUGCAUGUAAAUUUCAAUGAGCUCUAUCUUCGCGCCUUGUUCUAGCCAAUGGAAGACAAUUAUAAAUCAGUUACAUUUUGUCCUACAUUUAUUGUCUUCGUCCAAACUCGAGUUUUUUUUCAUCAUUUUCAUGGUGAAGAUUUUGUAGUAAGGUUAAUGCCAAUAAAAAUGUAAUAUUCAACUCAGGUUCUAAAUCAAUAAUAAAGUCUUGGUAGAUAUACGGAUGUUUUCUACACUUUUCCUAACAGCAGAUUUCUGUUUCCUAAUCAAAUAGAUCCCUGUGACAAAAAAGGCUAUUCAUGGUGAUGAUAACAUCGAAUAGGCCUAAUAAUUUAAGUUAACAGCAACGAUCAAAAUCAAGACUUCGGUGGAAAAUAGGCCUUGCAUUGGAUUGUAAAUUUCACAUAGUAAUCGUUUAUGCAAUUGGAACCAGAGUUUGAUAAGGUAUACUCGGCCACAGAAAAAGAAAGAGAAUAAGGAAAUAGGGAGCCAGGAAAGAACUAGGCAAUUCAUAUCGACAUUGUAGGUUUGUUCACGUUUCAAAUCUCACUUAUUCCAGUAUUCUGGUGAAAACAACACCUCAAGUGGUAUUCAUAUCAGCUUAUUUUUAUGUUUUUCUGUAGAAAUAAAGUGAGACAGCCCUCAUCUCAUUAUCGUCCAUUCCAAUACUAAUUAAUUAAUUUUACAAUGCAAUCUCCUGGGAAGUAACUUUUUAGGCAUAUUAAUAUGUAAAUCCCGUGUAGUUUAAAGAUUCGGAAUAAACGUUCGGUCCAUUUUCCGUACAUUUGAGUGGUCCAAUUGUUUGCCAUCCCUAGACGCCAGUUCCAGAUCAAACGACCUUCGCUAUAUACCGAAAGUACAUCAUACCGAAGGUCCUAUAAUUCGAAAAUUCAAAAUGGUUUUAUGGCCCGAAAUGAAAUAAUAUCGAUAGUACGAAAGUAACUGAUAAAACUUACUCCAUUUUCCGAAAAAAUAUAACUUUUUUUUAAUAUCAAACCCUAUUUCAUUCUCGGGUGAAAAAAUCCUUGGACUACUGAACUUUCGUAAUAUCGAACCUUCGGAGUAUUCGGACAUUCGGAAUUACGAGCUGCAUUUUUUUCUCAAUACAAAUUCAGAAUUUAACAUUUCGGAUAGGUAAAGGCCGAAAGGUUUCGUCUUUUUUUUUUUUCGAUAUCAAAACAAUAUCAGACAACGUGUUGACGAUUCUGGUACAAUGUAUUUGACUAUCAUAAUGGUGACGAUGGUGUCUCAGUAAGGUCGACGUGCCAACCGUCAUUAUAGCCAAUGAAGCACAAACAUCCAUUGUAUAUUUAUUACUAUUACCCAAUCAAUAUUACACCUUUGGGUGAUAAAGGUUUAUAAUCGACAGUUGAUUUCAAACGUUGACAUUUUGACUAGCCAGUUGGCUGCGUAUACCUUUAUUGCUUAACCUACAUAUUUCGGCUAAGAAAUUAAAAAGAACGGCAAUGACGAUGUUUAGUUGACCAAGACACAGAUGUACGUCAAAGUCGUGAAUGUCGCAUAGGCAAUCGAUAAUUUGAAUAAGAAUAAACACGCUUUGUGUGUUGAUAGGUAAACUUUUGACCUUGACAGUCAUAUAAAUAUGAUUUACACUUUCUCCCUCACCAGUACGAUCAACGGUAUAUAUAUCGGCACUGAUGAAUGAACGUAAAUAAAUUUAUUUAUUCAUUUAAAUUGAAAUAAAGAACCAGGGGAUUUGCUGCUCAAUGUUUAUGCCACUUGUAUGUGGGCUUGUUAGUUACCGUUUUGAUGAAUCGACGGAUAAUUAGAUAGUUUUCGCUCAACGACGCACGUUGUAUUCAAGAACAUAGAAAAUGUAUUGUCAAACGCCCUUCAUGACAAUGAACAACCAAGAAGUCUUUGUCGAAAAAUUUGUGAAUCAAAACAGCAGUUUUUCCCUGAUUCCGGGCAAACGAUAUAUUUGCAAGUUUUCGUCAGCUCCGAAACCUAGGACGAAAGUGCUGUUCCGGUUCACCAAUAUUCGACAAAGACCUGUCAGCUAUUCAUUGUCAUUUGACUGACUUUGUCAAUAGAUUAACUGUUUAUAUGAAUCCGUCGUGCGUUGCGGAGCGAAAACUACAAACUCUCAUUUUAUCAGCACAAAAGCAGUUUAACAAUAUACGGUAUCUGCAAAUGACCUAUAAUAGAGAGAAAAUAUUAUGUAGUAAUCGAAAAAUAUAGGCGAACCAGUCAAUAUUGCGAGUGACGAUAAAAGUUUAUAACAAUGGCUAAUGUAUUGCGGAAUCCGGAGACUUCCACUUAGCUGUUGCUGUUUUGUUGAGGACCCAUAUCAAUAAGGAAAAUGUACUUUAUUUUUAACAAUGUGAUAUCCAUUAGGCGAUCUUACACACUUAACCCUGUUAACGCUUAUCGAAUUCGUUCAUUACUAGUAUAAAUAAUUCAAGCGCAAUUGGCGAAAACAUUCAAGUUUGACUUGUAUGCCCUUGAAUUCAUAUUAAUCAAUUGACAACCGACGGCAGUAUCAAUUUAUAUAGUUUGUACUACCAAUUUCUUUAAAUCAGCAAUAUCAUUGCGUACAUAAUUGCAAUACGAUUAGGAGACCCUUUUAUACCCACGCUCUCUAAAAAAGGUUUACCCAACAUUUGGUAAAAUGGGAUCAUGAAUGUUUUUUGGGUAAAAAAAUACAAAAUAUUUAGUAAAUUUUAAGCAAUGUUGAGUUGAAAUUUACCCAUCAAACAUACAUUUUGCCCAAUAUUGAGGGGAAAAAAUACCCAACAAACAUGCAUGUUCCCUUUCUACCCAAUAUUGGGUAAAUUUUUACUCUCUGUUUUUAGAGUGUAAAUAAUAUAUAUUCCUACUACGAAUUUUUGGGAAAAAAUAAUAAUGAUUGCAAUAUUUUGGGUAUACCUUCAGAUAGAGUGAUUUUAAUGAUAUUGGUUUACAUCCGAAGGUCAUAAUUUGUACUCAGCUCGUUUUUUUGUUUUGUAUAACUUUUAGGCGGUACAUGCUCAUUAUCGAAUAUGUUCCAUUACUCGAUGUCGCCGACUUUCCUCUAGACAAUAGACGUGUUGACGUGUACAGGGGGGCGUUUCAUGAAAGGACUUGUCGGACGUUUUAUCCGACAGUUACCAUAGUAACAGUACCUCUCAGCCAAUCAACAUCAGAGAAAGAUUUCAGAUCUGACAACUUGUCGGAUGAAAAUGUUGAUGAAACACUCCCUGGUCUGACAGCUCAAAAUAGUUCAAUUGAAUCUCGUUUUAUUAAACCCAGAAAGGACUGGCUAAAAAUUAUACAGAUUGGAAACCCAUUGAAUCAGUAUCGAGAACCUUGGCAAAAGCGAGCAAUUGCACACCUUACUGUAUACAAUUUGCAUUUAAAAGCACUUGGUUGGGCGCAGCUUUCCAUUGUCUAUGUAGAGAAUUGGGACAAACUUCCGAGGCUGUUGAUAGUCCAACCCGUUCUAUUCCCCUCAAUGCUUUGAUGAUAUAUGAAGUCAAAGAAGUGGUUAGAUAAAUAAUAAGUCAUUUCAUUCAGAAAGUGUUAGGCCAUAAAAUAAUAAAAUUUCAAUUGCUUUGUGAGGAAAACAAUACGACCACCAUUACGUGCAGGGGUGGCACUUCGGGGAGGGGUGGGGGGGGGGGCUCAGAAUGGGCGACCGCCCCAAUAAGCAGUGAGAAAACAAAUCAUAG